UAGUGUGACACUGUUUUUUUUUCUCCCCUCCACGUCAGUUUUGUGUGGAGUUGAAUUGGCAGCUGCUGCGUCCGGUGGUGGGACAGGAUUCCAACACUAUAGCAAGAGCAACAACAACAAAGGAUGGAAUGGAUGAAGUGUAAAGCUAUACUCCAAAAUUGAUCUGCAUCCAAGGAACACCCUGACCUGUCAUGGCGAAUUCUGUUGCCCCUCUGGUGGUCCAAGCAGAACUCUUGGCUCCACAGUCCUCCGCCUCCCUCUCCCCUUUCCCAUCCCUCCUCGGCUCAUGCGAGGAUGACCGGGAGAGGGGGGACCUGGUGGAGGGCAACAAGGGUGUGAUGGACAAUGUGGAAGUGGUUCUGGAUAUGGAGGCGUCGGCGGAGUCGGCCCAGCACACCGAGCAGUCCGAGCAUCCCUUCCAGUGUCUGGACUGCGGCAAAAGCUUCAGGUGGUCAUCCCGCCUCACGCACCACCAGAGGAGCCACAACAACGAGAGACCCUAUCGCUGCAACCUUUGUCCCAAGGCCUUUAAGGGCUCCUCUGCAUUACUCUAUCAUCAAAGGUCUCACUCAGGAGAGAAGCCUUACAAAUGUCAAGAUUGUGGCAAAGCCUUCAAGCGCUCCUCUCUUCUCCAGGUGCAUCAGAGUGUCCACACAGGAGUAAGAACAUUCUUGUGUCCAUAUUGCCCGCUGACCUUUAAAUGGAGUUCCCAUUACCAGUACCACCUGCGCCAGCACACUGGCGAGUGCCCGUACCCGUGCGACACUUGCCCCAAGGCCUUUAAGAACUCGAGCAGUCUACGGCGACACAAGAACGUCCAUCUGGGACUCAAACCGUACACCUGCAACGUGUGCAACAAAGCCUUCACUCAGUCCACCAAUCUGAGGCAGCACAUGAGGAUACACACGGGCGAGAGGCCCUACGUGUGUGGCGAGUGCGGACGCAGCUUCACGCACUCGUCCAACCUGGCGCUGCACAAGAACUCGCACUCCGGCUCGGCGGCAGGUGGCAAGGAGGGCAAGGGCGGACAGGAUGGGGGGCCGGGGCGCGACCUGGUGGAGGUGGUGGUGGUGGGCUCCGAGGAAGAAGCCACGUCCAUGUUAACGGCCAUGGUGGGCUACGUAAGCCAGGAAGGGGCCGACGGAGUCGGGGUGGGGAUGGAAGAAGUCUUCCUGUCCACUUCGUCAUCCAGCCAGGAUGCAACCCUGCUCCCCCAGCUCAGCCUCGCCCCGUCGGGGGAGAGCACCGGUGCGUCCCGGGCCAUCGGGACGGAAGUCCACCUGAGCACGGACACGGGAGCCAGCCUGUUGCUCUACAGCUGCGGCAGCUGCAACCACACUUUUGCCACGCGGACCGAGCUGGAGGAGCACCAGUCCAUUCACAUGGCCCCGGGGGAACGCGGCUCUCGGGGGGAAGCGGGAGCGGCGGAGGUCGAGGUGGGGGCCGGCUUGGUCGGGACCGGCCACCUGCUUGCUGACUUUGAGGAGGUGGUGGAGACGACCGUGGCGGCUGAAAGCGGACACACGGCAGAGGUGCUCCUUGGACUUCCAGACCCAGCUGACGGAAGCAAUUCGAGUGUGGGCGCCACGCAGGCCCAGUUUGACCUUCUGCAGAGCUUCAGCAAGGUGAUUCAGAGCUCCAAGAGUGUUGAGCCAGAAGCUGCGAGCACCUGGGCGGCGCUCUCAUGCGGCUACUGCAGCAAGUCUUUCAAGACCAGCGGAGGCCUCAACAGACACGUGUCACUGAUGCACACCCUCUCGUCGCAGUCCCGUUCCCAGUUCAGCUGCUCCGCCUGCGACCGCUCCUUCUCUCUCCUGUCCUCGCUUCUCACCCACCAGCACUCCCACACCCCCGAGCAACGUUUGCUGGCCGAGGCCGAAGCCGAGAUAGUGUGCCCCCCUUCCCUCUCCUUGUCUCUUCCGCUGCCCUCCUCUCCUGACAAGCCGCAGGAUGGAAAGAGGGAGGCUCACGCCAGCGUCGUAGCCGUGAGCGAGGAGCGGGAGGAAGCGACCGUCAAGCUGGUGAAAAACGCCAGAAAGGGAAGCGGGUGCAAGAGCGCCACCGCGGGCGAGCGGCCGUAUCGCUGUUCAGAGUGCGGAAAAGCCUUCAAAGGGUCGUCGGGGCUCAAGUACCACAUGAGGGAUCACACCGGGGAGAGACCCUACCGCUGCACCGAGUGUGGAAAGAGUUUCAAGAGGUCCUCGCUGCUCUCCAUCCACCAGCGGGUGCACACGGGCGUGCGGGCGUUCCAGUGCCCUCACUGCGUGCUCACGUUCAAGUGGAGUUCCCAUUACCAGUAUCACCUGCGGCAGCACACGGGCGAGAGGCCGUACGUGUGUAAGGAGUGCGGCAAGUCCUUCAAGAACACCAGCUGCUUGCGUCGCCACAGUCAGAUGCACUCGGGACUGCGGCCGCACGUCUGUGCCAUCUGCUCCAAAUCCUUCUCGCAGACGUCCAACCUCAAACAGCAUGAACGGACCCACUCCGGCGAAAGACCCUUCCGGUGCUCCCACUGCAACAAGUGCUUCACGCACUCCUCCAACCUCCAGCUCCACCUUCGCACACAUUCCCCGCAGAAGGACUUCAAAUGCCCGUACUGCUCCAAAGACUUCGUCAUGCACUCGUACUUGCAGAGGCACAUCCGAACGCACAGCAGCGCCCUCCCGCUGCCCUCCCCCAAAGGCGCGGGUCAGGAGGGCGUGUCCGUGAAGGCCAGCGUGGGAGGGGUUACGACCACCACCACACUUCUCAACCCCAUCACCUUGGAAUCGUCGGGAAACAACGGGAGCCUGAUCGUGUCCCAGCCGGCUCUCAACAUCCCCGUCAACACCUCUCAGAACUAUUUCAUGAUUCAGACGGCCAGCGGCUUGCAGCUCAUCCCUCUGUCAGGUCCCACGCCGCCUCCGGCCCCUCCGCCGCCGCCACCGCCGCCGUCCCAGCCCCAGAAUUUCUACCUGCUCCAGUGCCCCUCGACCAACGGCUCUCAGUCGAGUUUGAUUCUGGUGCCCACGGCCAACCAGGCCCGGGUAGCCCCCGAGCCUGCGAGCGUCCCCGUCUUUCAGACCCUGCAAGCAUUCAACGGCCAAACACGCGCUCAGGUCACCCAGUUCCCAAGCGUAUCGCCACAACACCAGCAGACUCGCUUCAUGGUAACCGACAACAAUAAGACCGCAACCACCUCUGUCGCGUCCCUCCCGGCUAACUCUUUACUCCGGAGGCCCAUUUUAGGAAAGAGCAACCGGACGGCAAGGGGCAGACGCGGCCGCAAGCCAAAAUCGGCUCUUCCGAAAUCGUCCGAGACGCCGAGCGCAGAUGCGACUAACGGUGCCGCGGCCAGCGUGACACAGCCCGAUGGUACCGCCACCAAUUCGAACUCAUCGCCAUCUAACUGCGCACUUUUACCAACUGCCGCUCCCGACCAAAGUAUCUCGUCUUCCUCCACGGUCGCAUCCACACAAGCCAGCGUUUCAACGUCACUUCCUUCAAUUCCCAACAAUAACACUCAGACGGGACGGAACGAAGUCAAUCCAGCGAGCACCUUGACCGAGAAGCAGUUUGUUUUCUGUUUCGACAAUGACGGACCGGCGAAGGAGGGGCUGAAUGUUGACGAGGGAGGCGAGUCGUACGUCUUGCAGUUUGAGGAAAGGGACGCCUUGUCGGGGGAGGCGGCGGGUGCGGGAUUGGACGGGGAGCAAAAGUCACUCGUUCUGCAAUUUGAGGCAAACGCGCAAGGAGACGCCGACAAGGGCGAAGGUGAAGGCAAGAUGAUGUCACUUCUACAGCAGUGGGGCGGCCAGAAGGCGGGUGAGAGUCAAGCAGGAGAAGAGCAGCGCGGCCAGGGGGGCUCCUUCGUCUUCCACUUUCACGCCGAGGAACAGGAGGGCGAUCAGUGUCAAGCGGGCUUCAGCCAAGAGCACGACGCCGGCUUGCCACUUUCCUGCGCUUCUGCUCAAGCUCUGGUGCCACUCCACGGUCAGGGGGUGGUGUUCGAAGUCGGCGACGAGAGCAAGAUGGAGCAUGAAACCGAGGAGGGGAUGCAGAUGAUAGCCUUGAUAGAACGCGAGGGGGCCAUGAUGGGAGAGGACAGCGCAGACUGCAGCAGUGCAACUGGCGCCGGGGGGAUCUUCCAACUGGAAGGGGGCGAUGAAAUUGUCAUCAUCGAGGUGAGCACCAGUAACUUCAUUGAGGAACGGAUGGAGAGAGUAGUUGAUGCGGACGUUUCCCAGAGGAGCGAUGGGAAAUUGGAGGGUGAAAAUGAAGACGCGAAGGCAAAGUCCCCUCAAGAACACGGUCCCGAUGAUCCAGAGGUCCAGACAUCAGAAGGACAUGCAAUCGGAAACGGACUUCUACCUAAGAGAUGCACCACUAUUAUUAAUUAAAAUGCACUGCUCACAAAAAGUUGGGGCAAACGGGCCUACGGUUGAAAUGUCAGAAUGAAUCUAGAAUGCACGAGAACCCUUACAUGUGAACUUAAUUUGACCGUCUCAAAAUUCACAAGAGAGCCACAAAUUGACCGCUACAUUUCUCCGUUCCAUUGGUAUUUAAGUCUUGCGGUCAUGCUUUUCAUGUUUUGACACCUUCAGUGGCCACUGAGUGUCAUCAGCAGGUUAAAACAGUGUUCAAGAGAGACUGUAGGAGGCACUGAAAAGGAAGACCUGCUUUUCGGCUCCUUGCUAUGAAGCAGCAAGUUGUGCAAAGAGUACAAAAAAAAAAAAUUGCUUGUAAUUUGACUUUACGGCAUGUUGGCCCUCAAAUUUGAGGUUCAUCCUGAAAUUACACCCGAAAGCCCAAGAUCCCCAAUUUUUUUUUGAGUGGCGUAUGUGUAAGUUAGAGAUGUAGUAACCGUGUCAGUGAAUGAAUGGACCGGCGCCUCACUUGAAUCGCACUUUACGUUCAAUCUCCUGGAACUGAUAGCAUGCACUUAGGGAAAAAAAAUGUGUUGCAAUGCCACGGUGCCACAUGUUAGAAAUGUUAUACAUUCAAAGAGGCUGGGCAUCAACUUUUGUAUUGUCCUUCAUAUAUGUUAGUUGAAAUGACACCGUCAUAGGCAGUCAUAGUAUUGAUCAACAAAGGUUUUGUGAAUAUAUGUACAUUGUCAAUUUGAUCACAAUGUUAAUAGUAGCUUAAUAAUAAAUGUCUUCGUGGGUUUAAGUCA